UCCAAGCAAGCUUCCAUUAAAUUACCCACAAUUUCAAAAUGUCUACCGUUGACCUGCUGCAGGAGAUUCACCAUCUAAGAUUUGCCACCCCGGACGUCAUAGAGAGGGGCCUUCUCAAUGCAUGGCGAACCUACAAAGUUUCGGAUAUAACACGGCAGCUGCAAAGCGAGGCUGGGCGAGAAAUUUAUGCAGAAGCGAUAGUUUUCGAAUCAGCCGAUGCACCAAAAACAUUCUACCCCAAAACCCUUUCUGAGUUGGUCGUGGAACACUUUGCUGCUACAUUCGAGGGUGGUUCUGGUCCGGAAGGUUUGACUUGCCAGCAACUGCGAGACUUUGGUGCUCUUCUGGAUGUGGAACUGCCUAUCCUACAGUUACUAGAAGUUGAUAACGAAACCUUCUGGAAACGCGUCGUCAAAGCAAAAUGCACACCCAUGGUCAAGUUUCACAAGUACGAACGGGACAGUACUACCAACUGGAAGGAAUUGGGCAUAGAGCUCAAGGUAUCUGAAGUCAUUGAACACGAAACUCCUGAGUACUGGUUCGAAGGUGAUCUGGAAACUAUCCUAGAGAAAGUGCAACCAUUUGUCCAGAAGCUAGCGAUUUCGCAAUUACAGCCUUACAAACAAAUCGAAUCCGAGGAAAAUUACGAAGAGUACAAAGUCUACAAUCCAACACCUGACUUGUGCAGCCAUGGAUCGCUCAUUGUUUUGAAACAUCUGACAAACCUUACUUCGCUAAGCCUGGUCUUUGGUUUGCAGGAUGCUAGUCGAGGAUACGAACGAAGGUUUUUCAUGUUCUCACUGGAUGAUGUGAAAAAUUUGGCACAAGCUAUGGUAUUGCUUCCGAACUUACGCGAGUUCAAAAUAUCUCGUAGCCGCAUGGAACCAGAUAAACUGAAAUUACUUCUUGAACAAUUAGCCACAAUGAAAAUCGAGACGUUGGAUCUUCCCUACUGCUAUCUCGGAUGCGACGCAGGAAUGCUUUUGGCAAAGUACAUCAGCAAAUGCCCAGACACGUUGAUCAGCUUGAAUCUUUCGGGAAAUUUCUUGGAUGGUCAACAGAUAGAAACAAUGGGUUACGGAAUCAACGUGUACCAAGGGAUGCUGAAGAAAUUGGAUAUAUCACACAAUCCUAUUGGUGAGGCAGGGGUCCUCACUUUAGGUGGGGCUAUUAAGAAAACGAAGCAUGUUGAAGAAUUGAAUGUUACCGGGUGUGAAAUGGGAGAGCAAGGCGCUUUCAGGGUCGUACAAUUGUUGGGAUUCCAUCAGCCGCUAAGAGUGCUGCAUAUGAACUGCACCCCACUAGGUCGGUCCGGAGGCAAAAAGCUUAUUGAAGUCCUCAAGGAAAAUUGGUUCGUCGAGGAGGUGAGCUGUAAAUUUUGCAACCUGAAGCCCAGUCACGAAAAACGAAUUCAAAGUAUCCUGCGGAGGAACAAGAAAUUCAAAGCAGCGCGACAAAACUCCAUCGCCAGCGGUGACUCGCCACCAUCGCCAAACGGGCAAUCCAUGCCUCAAUAAGGUUGCAAAGCAAUAAAUUCGCUUGUUCUAUUUUGCCCGACCGGCAACG